GCGCAGCACAGCCGUCAUGGCGGAGGCCGUCUGGAGCUCUGACACCGGGGAGGCCGUGUACCGCUCCCGGGACCCCGUGCGCAACUUGCGCCUCCGAGUCCACCUGCAAAGAAUUACAUCAGGCAACUUUCUCCAUUACCAGCCUGCCACCCAGCCCGGGAAGGACCUCAUAGACUUGGCCACUUUUAGGCCCCAACCAACCGCCAGUGGUCAUCGCCCAGAUGAAGAUGAAGAGGAGGAGGUUGUGAUCAGGUGGCAGGAGAAGCUCUUUAGCCAGUUUGAGGUAGAUCUGUACCAAAAUGAAGCAGCCUGUCAGAGCCCUUUGGAUCACCAGUACCGUCAAGAGAUCCUGAAGCUGGAGGAUUCAGGUGGCAGGAAGAACCGGCGAAUCUUUACCUAUACCGACUCCGAUAGAUACACCAACUUGGAGGAGCACUGUCAGAAAAUGACCACCGCAACCAACGAGGUACCAUCUUUCUUGGUCGAGCGAAUGGCAAAUGUCAGGCGGCGGCGGCAGGACAGGCGAGGGAUGGAGGGCGGCAUCCUCAAGUCACGCAUCGUCACCUGGGAACCCUCAGAAGAGUUCGUCAGGAACAACCACGUUAUUAACACCCCUCUUCAGACAAUGUACAUCAUGGCAGACCUGGGGCCCUAUGGAAAGCUUGGCUAUAAGAAGUAUGAACAGGUCCUCUGUACUCUGAAGGUAGACAGCAAUGGUGUGAUCACAGUAAAACCUGACUUCACUGGCCUCAAAGGACCCUACAGAAUCGAGACAGAGGGGGAGAAGCAGGAGCUGUGGAAGUAUACUAUCGACAAUGUGUCGUCGCUCGCACAGCCAGAAGAGGAGGAGCGGGAACAGCGUGUGUUCAAGGACCUUUACGGCCGGCACAAGGAGUAUCUCAGCAGCCUUGUGGGCACUGACUUUGAGAUGACUGUCCCAGGUGCGCUCCGGCUCUUUGUAAACGGAGAGGUCGUUUCAGCCCAAGGCUAUGAGUAUGACAAUCUGUACGUCCAUUUCUUGGUGGAAUUGCCAACUAACUGGUCAAGCUCAGCAUUCCAGCAGCUUUCAGGAAUAACACAGACCUGUGCCACCAAAUCCCUGGGACUGGUAUGGAGGGACAAGGUGGCUUAUUUCUCCUACCCAUUCACAUUUGAGGCCUCCUUCCUCCAUGAGGAUGAGUCUGCUGAUGCUGUCCCGGAGUGGCCUGUGCUCUACUGCAAGGUCCUCUCACUGGACUUCUGGCAGAGGUAUCGCGUGGAAGGCUACGGGGCCGUGGUGCUGCCUGCCACCCCAGGCUCACACAUCCUGACAGUCUCCACGUGGAGGCCCAUGGAGCUGGGCACAAGGGCUGAGUUGAGGAGGUUUUUUAUCGGUGGUUCUCUGGAACUGGAGGACCUCUCCUAUGUGCGGAUACCAGGAACCUUUAAGGGGGAGCGUCUGAGCCGCUUCGGAUUCCGCACAAAGACCACCGGUAGUGUCACCUUCCGCUUACACUGUCUGCAGCAGUCCAGGGCCUUCAUGGAGUCAAGCUCCCUCCGGAAAAGGAUGCGGAGCGUGCUGGACCAUCUGGAAGGAUUCAGCCAGCAGAGUUCCAUUCACAAUGUGCUAGAAGCCUUCCGUCGAGCCCGGCGCCGCAUGCAGGAGGCCCGUGAAAGCCUUCCCCAGGACCUAGUGAGCCCCUCUGGAACCAUGGUCUCCUAGCUCGCUGCAGCUCUGGCCCUCAGGUGAAGGGGAAAAGCCUAGUGAUUUCUGAGGCCAGUGCUUUCCAGCCUCUUUGUCUUUCUUACUAGAGACCACAUUUACCUGCUGAGAACCAGAAGAGCUGGGAAUUCCCCAGGCCAGCUGCCCUGCCUAGCCCUCAGCAGGCUUUUCUCACUGCCAUGUGGGAAUAAGCCAGAGACCUGUGGCCCCCAUCUCUUCAUAUUCAGCUAUGUAAAUGACCAUCACAACAAGGCAGGCUAUGUGGCUGAAAGUAGUUUGGGGUGACCCCAUAGCUACUUACGUCCCCAACACAGACUCUUUUCUGGCCUGUCUCACAGUCUCAGUUGCAGAGAGGGCUGCAGAUCUUUCUGGCUCCACAAUCUUCUUUAAAAAUGGAGGCCCAUGAAAGAAGAGGAAGGUGAGAGAGGCCUGUGAGUCUUAGCCUCCUCUUUUCAGGUAGCCUUGUUUACUGCUUGGGGCUUGUCAGGUUUGAGAUACAACUUAUUUCUGGAAUAACUGAGGGCUGGAGGCAGUCCCCAGUUCUUUCUGCUAGCUAGAUGGUAUUUUUCAUUGUAUUUUUUGAACAUAAAAAAUGUUUUUAUACUGACUGAUGUUCAGUUGACUGUUUCCCAGCUUGGGUUGCUGGCAUGGCCGAGGUAUUUCCUGAAUAUUGUGACCCCAGUGCCUCUUCCAUUUUCUUUCUCUGCCUUGUCCUACUCCAGAGUAUUUCUUUCUGCUCUCUUGAUUUUGCCCCAAGGAGAAGCUUAGAGAUUAGUGCCAGGUUGUCUUAGCAGCACUCCUCUUAAACAUCUGGAGCAAAGCGUAGGGCAGGCCACACCCUCCCCAGCCGAACAGAAGGAGGGAAGCCCCUGCUCUCAGGAGCGCUUUAUUGGUAGAAGCAGAGAAACUGCUCAGCCUGCAGGCUCAAGAGGAUUGUGGGGUGGCUAUGGGCUGGGCCGAUGUGGUCUCACAGUCACUGGGGCGUGGCUGGGGAACAGAAGAAAGUGGCUGCAAGCCCUCCAGCUGACUCGUCUUGCCUGGGUAUCAAGGCCUCCUUGCUUGGCUCACAAGUCGUUGCACCUGGAAUGGAUUUAUAACCCAACACCUAAGAGGCUCCCAAGGCGUGUAGAUCCAUUACUGAUAGGACUUCAGCUGUGGCUCCCAGCCAAUGAGCUUGACUCUGUAGCCAGCAAAAGCAUCAGCAGGAUGUGGUUGCUCCAGGGGGAGAAGGAAGCCUUGUGGUCUUUCCCAGACUCUUUUGUCUGCAGAGGUUGGAGGCUUGGGAUAGACUCCUGUUGGGAGAAAGCAGAACUGGGUAAGUGAGGAACCUACUGGGAGUUGGGAAAUGGAGCUGCUUUAGUGUGGAGGUGACCAUGCUGAGACGAGUUGGACACUUCCCAAUUGUUCCCCAAAGUCCUAGGCCCUGGGAUUAACUAUCAUCCCAGAAGCUGGCACCCUGGGAAGCCACUGUCCCUAAUGACAAGUCCUGUUGUCUCUAAUUAGAGCCCUAAGAGGACUCAGCUGUCUCACCCCAGAAAGGGGAAGGAUGCAAGGGCCCAGGGCUGUUGGAGAAGGGCCUCUUCUUACCUGCAGAGGCUUUACGUGCCUCGCCAGGCUGACAGGUUCAACCUGGGGAUGCGGCUGCAACUCACAAAGUCCCGGGGAUAGGUGUUGGCCCUGAAGAUGUUCCUUGAAACAGUAGUGAUACCGGUAUUGUCACACACAAUUCGAGACAAGGAAACCUGUUCCAGAGCGGAGCGCUGUCUCUUGGUGAAGACACCCUGCUUCUGCCACCAAAACCUACCAUUCAAGACAUUCAAGAGAUGUGGGUGAAGUUUGGGGAGGAAUUAACUUAAAAUGCACACCUGUUGUGUGCCAGGUACUUUACAUUAUUUCAUUCAGUUGUCACAAAGUUCCUGCAAAAUAGGUGUUACAUUCCCAUUUUAUAAACGAAGAAACAGGUUCAGUAAUUAAGUAAAUUGAUGAGUAUUAAAUGCACACAGAGCAGCCAGGUCUGGACUUCAACCUAGGCGGUUGUUGUUAGGUGCUGUAGAGUCAGUUCCAACUCAUAGCGACCCUAAUGUACAACAGAACGAAACACUGCCUGGUCCUGCUCCAUCCUCACCAGCCUAGGUUAGUACCAAAAAUAAGGAGUUAGGUCUUAAGCCACAAGCUUAUUGAAGGGAACCCAGAUUUAGCCUUUUCGAUCCCUGCUUUCUGGAAUCUGCUAGCCUGGAAGAGCCAGGCUGACAAUUCUAUCUACUGGGUUAAAGGCGACUACGGUUCAGUAUCAGGGUUGCCUGGGUUAGUGGUAUCACUUCUCUGACCAAACUUCAGGGAGCCUCUUGGUCUCAGAUCCUAUGAACUUGGAAGAAAUGAAGCUAAAAAGAGCAGUUUUCCCCAUUGUUUACUUUCCUAGUGCUUUCUGUCACACCUCUCUGGUACUAAUCUCUUUUAGGCUAAUGCUGCCUGCUUACCUGUCUCCAUCUCGGGCUCUUCUAAACUGGUUCUCAAAAAGACAGGCCAGAAGAGGCCCCACUCGGGCCCCUGGCAAAAGAGGCUCUGCAAUGGCUCCAAUCCAGAUGUCGAUGUUGUCCGGUGUCCCAUACAGAUUCAGGAACUUCCUGGCCAAAUUCUGGUUUUUUAGCACCUGGCUAAGUUGUGCCAAAUUCCGAGGCUGGGAGAGUCCACAGAAGCGCCUCCAAGCAUUGUACCCUGAAAGGGGAGGGUGGGAGAAGCAGUUUUGGUUUCAUCCCUGCUGAAGCUCCCUUAGCUUCUGCUCCUCUCCAAGUUCUUCUGAGAGAAGGCUCAGUGGUCAGUCAGUAUUAGGCAGGAACAAGACGAUCUCUGGUGGCAGAAGAGGCCCUGAACCUUCCAAAGAACAAACCGUUGUCCUAAUUUUAAAUGUACACCUACGCUUUGUGUCCAUCAAACUGAGGGGUGCGUCCUAGUGUAGAAAGCUGUUGUGACCCAAAACUCAUAACCACAAAUCUGACAUUUAAUGACAUUAUCAUUGGGCUCAUAUGCAUGGAUUAGGCACAAAUAAGACAGUACCGAGAGCAUAAAAGAACCCUCCUUCAAGGGUUGUAGAAUGAAUGAAUGAACAGAUGAAUAAACACGUGAACAAACCAACAAACGAGCGUGGAAUAAGGUUCAUCUACUCAGAAAAGGACCACAUACUGAAUGAUUCCAUUUAAAUGCGAGGUGCAGAAGAGGCAAAUGCAUAGAGACAGAAAAUAGAUAAAGCGUUUGCCUGGAGUGGGGUGGGGAUGGGGAAUGACUGUUGUUAUGAGGUUUCUUUAGGGGGUGAUGAAAAUGUUCUGAUAUUAGAUUAUGGUGAUUGUUGUACAACUCUGCAAAUGUACUAAAACCAUUGAAUUGUAUACUUCAGACAGGUAAAACCCAACCCAGACUUCAGAAUAUCCCAAUAAAGCUGUUUUGUUUGUUUUGUUUUUAA